AUGUCCCUGGGUAUGGUUGCCUUUCGCAUGCAGUUCAUAUUAAGUGACUAUAUUCCAUUGCAAGCGUUUUCAGGUACUAUUUCAUAUGUCAAAGAAGCUAUCAUCCUCUGCCCCCCCCACCCCCCAAAAAGCUACUCGUAUAUUAACAACUGCUACAGUGCCCAACACAUGAAUAAUUCUACAUCCUUAUUAAAUUAUAACUGUUCGGGGCAUAAAUCACAUGUUCCACUAGAAGCCCCUCCUUGCUUGACGAAUGGUCUCCCUUCCAGGAGCAACUGCUUCUACAACCCCGUGUUCGUCCAGUGCCUGGAGUACCUGAUUCCGGCCGACCUGCACGAGGAGUACCAAGCCCUCGUGCAGACGGUGGGCAAGUAG